CAUCAGGUUCACAGUCCACCAACGGCUCUUUGAUAUGGUUGACCGAUUGUUUGCGCAAAAUAGGCAGAUUACCACACCCCAGCGGUCUGACAUAUUUCCUUCUUACCGCUUUAGUGUUGUAGCCGACGAGACAGACAGCGGAGAGGGCGGUUAAGAAGCGGCAGCCAUCGUCUGACAAAAGUUCCCGAGAUAAACGCGCGAGGUCGCAAUGCCGGCCCUACAGAUGUAGACACGAAUAGCUAGCAGUAGCGAGGACACCAGACCGGCGCAAGUGCCACCUAUCAUGCGCAGUUGAUGCAGUAGCUGAAACAAUGGCCAAGAACAAAAGCAAGAAGGGAAAGAAGAAGUCGUCCGGGGGCUCGCUGCUCUGCUGGAAGUCCCGACCCGAGCCACCAGAGGGCGCCUCACCGAUGCCCGCGCCGCCUGCCGCCGCGCACGUCGAAACAACAAAAACCGAGACGACAAAGACCGAGGGGACCCCGCCGCGCCCCGCGCCCGUCGCCGCGGCAACCGUAAAGCCCGCCUUGAAGGCGGUUGCAGUGCGACAGCCGGAGGUGCCGCCCGCGAAGAAGGUCGCGGUGGCGGCGCCACCCUCGCCGGCGAAGCGCGUCGUCAACGGGCUGGACCGCGCGUGGGAGUACGACGAGAUUCGGCUUGAGCGUGGCGGCACCGGCCUCGGAUUCUCGCUCGCCGGCGGCACCGACAACCCGCACGUCGACGACGACCCGGCCAUCUACAUCACCAAGCUGAUCCCCGGCGGCGCCGCGGCCAACGACGGCCGUCUGCGCGUCGACGACGCCAUCUUGGCCGUAAACGACGUCGACACCCGGGAGGUCACGCACACCGAGGCCGUCGCCGCGCUGAAGAAAGCCGGCGGGACGGUGAUCCUGCAAGUGAAACGGCGGCGCACUCUGUCCGCGGUCGAAACGAUCGAACUCGUCAAGGGAAGCCGCGGGCUCGGGUUCAGCAUCGCAGGCGGCGUCGGCAACCAGCACGUCCCCGGCGACGACGGCAUCUACGUAACCAAGGUGAUCCCGGGCGGCGCGGCGGAGGCUGACGGACGGCUGGGCGUCGGCGACAAGCUGCUGAGCGUCGGCGAUCGAUCGUUCGCGGCGACGACGCACGAGGAUGCUGUCGCCGUGCUGAAGGCGACGUCCAACCGCGUCGUUCUGCGCGUCGCCAAGACGACGCCCGGCGGCAUCCUCGGCCUCGACGACAGCAUCCCGCCGCCGAUCACCGCGUCGACGCCGCCGCCGCCGAAAUCGCCACCAGAGGGUGCCGCGGAGACGCCGGAUACGUCGGAUCAGGAGGAGGAGGCGGCGGCGGCGUCGCCGCCGGCAACGGGACCCAACACGAUGCAGGCGCUGUUUCUGCAGUCGCUGACGUCGACGCCAGCAGCUAACAGCUCCAUCUCCCAGCAGCCGCGCUCCACCGUCAAGGCUUCGCAGGCUGUAACCGGCUCUCCCAAAGCAGCGUCUGCGUCGCCGCGCGUCGCCCCGAAACUCGUCGCCGCAUCGCCAAAGGUGGCGCCCAAGCCGGCCGCGUCCCCCCAGGUGGCGCCGAAACCGGCGCUGGCGACGCGGGCGGUGACGUACAAGACGGCGACGGCGCCGGCGCCGCGCGCCUCGCCUGAGGACGAGAAGUCGCCUGACAUCGUCGAGGAGCACCUGGUGCGGCCGAGCCUCGCGCGCGCCGCCGCGAGGCAGAGUCGUGAGUCGUCCCUCGAGUCGCUCGACUCGCCCUCCAUCGCCAAGCGCCGCUUCGUGCCCGAGCCCGCGAUGAGGGUCGCGGCCCCACUCUCGCCCGAUCUCCCCCCGCCCCCGCCCCCGGAGGAGGAGGAGGAGGAGGAUGAUGAGAUGGGGUCGCCGCCCGACACGCCGCCGACGCCCCCGACCGUCGAGGAACCGGCACUGUUUCGACCCAGCGCCGCUCGCGCGUCGGUCCAGCAUGCCAAGCACAAGCCUGUACCAGAACUGAAUAGCAAUGGAGAGGAGUCCACCCCGCGUCCGAGUGACGAUGACAUUAGCCGUGACCCACGGCGUGUGACACUGGUGCGUGGCCAGACUGGCCUCGGCUUCAACAUAGUGGGAGGAGAGGAUGGAGAAGGCAUCUUCAUAUCGUUCAUACUAGCGGGUGGGCCGGCCGACCUCAGCGGUGGCCUGCACCGCGGGGACCAGAUCAUAUCCGUCAACGGACAGGACCUGUCGUUCGCGACGCACGAGCAAGCGGCAGCCGCACUCAAGCAUGCUGGUCAACAGGUGGAGAUCGUGUCGCAAUACCGGCCCGAGGACUAUAACCGAUUCGAGGCGAAGAUCCACACGCUGCGCGAGCAGAUGCUCAGCACAAGCACGGGAAGCCUGCGCACGUCGCAGAAGCGCUCCGUGUACGUGCGCGCGCUCUUCGACUACGACCCGGCGAAGGACAGCGGCCUGCCGAGUCGCGGCCUGCCGUUCAAGUACGGCGACAUCCUGCACGUCGUUAACGCCAGUGACGACGAGUGGUGGCAGGCGCGCAAGGUGCUCGUGGACGGCGAGGAGGAAGGCAUCGGCAUCAUCCCCAGCAAGCGGCGCGUCGAACGCAAGGAGCGCGCGCGCCUAAAGAAGGUCAACUUCUCCGGCAAGAGCGCUCCGGCGAGCAGCAGCGGCGGCGGCACCCUCGACGGCAAGCAGAAGAAGAAGAAGGGCCACAAGUUCUCGUUCGCGAAGAAGGGGAAGGAGUCUGAGGACGACACGACCGACAUGGCGGAUGAGUCGUCGCCGGCAAAGGAGGACGCUGUGCUGUCGUAUGAGACCGUCACCCAGCAGGAGCUCAAGUACACGCGACCGGUGGUGAUUCUUGGCCCGUUGAAGGACCGUAUCAACGACGAUCUCAUCACGGACUUCUCGGACAAGUUCGGCAGCUGUGUGCCACACACCACACGGCAGAAGCGCGAUUACGAGGCGGACAGACGCGACUACCAUUUUGUCGCCUCACGAGAGCAGAUGGAGCGUGACAUUCAGAACCACCUGUUCAUUGAGGCAGGGCAGUACAAUGACAACCUGUACGGCACAAGCGUCGCCUCUGUGCGUGAGGUCGCCGAGAGCGGCAAAUACUGCAUCCUUGACGUGAGCGCCAACGCCAUCAAACGACUGCAGGUGGCGUCGCUGUACCCGAUCGCCAUCUUCAUCAAGCCGAAGUCGGAGGACUCGCUGAUGGAGAUGAACAAGCGCAUGACGGAGGAGCAGGCGGCGAGGACGAUGGAGCGCAGCGCGAGACUUGAGCAGGAGUUCGGCGAGUAUUUCACGGCCGUCGUCACCGGCGACACGGCAGACGACAUCUACACGGAGGUCAAGCAGGUCAUCCGCGACCAGAGCGGACCCAGGAUCUGGGUACCGUCCAAGGAGAAACUGUGAUGCGCGCGCCACGACCAGGGGGGGAGGGGGGAGGUGCGGUCGACAAUCGCGGGGUGUGGGUGAGGGGUGUGUCGCCGCCGCGGGUUAGGCUGCGUUCGUUCGAUGUCCGAACUGCGGGCAAUUUUGCGGGUUUUCCCCCUGAGGCUUAACCGCGGGGGAGUGUUGACCGGUGAAGUGGUAGCGUGGCGCCACCUGCUGUUAAUCCGCCGUUCCGUUGCUGCGGGAAACCGACUCCUCGACAGCCGGCCGCCGCAAAUUAUUCCCGAGGGUCGUAUUGGCGGCGAGCGUCGCCAAGAAACAAGUGGCGUCGCGACCAAUCGCAUCCGAGAGUCACGCGGUCGAGUAGCAAUGGCAGCCAUGUUUUUUUCUUCCCUCGGUCGUCGCUGACGACUGCUGCUUGCGGCGUACGGUUGUUCGGUCGUUUUCUUUUUUAUUAGGUUGCCAAUUUAACGAUGUUAAUACACUGUACAGUCUAGGUUGGAGAGACGAACGACGUACGCCGUCGUCGUGGCGACUCGGCUGUCGCCACGACGACGCAGCCGUCGCCAAUGCACGACCGAUGGACCGCGUGUGCAUACGUCACGAUUCGACUUCACGUCGUGUGCACACGCGGCCUCGUCAUGUAUUAUUAUUAGAGGCACAAUGAUGAUGAGGAUGAUGAUGAUGAUGAUGAUGAUGAUUAUUGUAUUGGUAGUUUGUUGUCGGUAGAGUGUACACGUAGCGGGGGUUGGCAGUGGAGGCAGACGCCACCGUCGGUUGCCUAGUUGUGUGCGUGUCCACAAUUAUGCGUGUUUCGUUAGUGAGCGCAGAGGCGAGAACGACGUUGCCGCGGCAACGCUGACGACUCGUCUCGCCCCGUCUCCUGUGUGUCUGGGUUGGCAGCUUUUAACAGAUGGGUUACGAUUUUAUUCACUACGGGACGGAUGUGAGAGGUAGAGACGGUGGCGAAAACAUGGCCGCCGCCACCGUCCAUGGUAUAUAUAUACACCAGCACAGAUUUUAUCAUUUAUUAUUUUACCAAGCACGGCUUUUGUGUACGUCGUAGCGACACUGGAUUGCGUUCGUUGGCAGGCGGGGUCGGGCAGCCAGAGCGCGCAAGUGUACACGAUUUUAUCACGCAUUUUAAUAUGCGUUCACGGUUUUCUUACGUCUGCCGAGCGUGCUAGUAGAACAAUGCCACCUGCCAGCCGCCCACCACGGCCGGAUAAUCAUUAGCAUUUCUUAAACCUCGAAUUAUUGAUUCGCUAACAAGCUUUAGUGCGCGCGUUUGUUCUCUAUCAAAAGAUUUUUUUUUUAUUCUCUCAAACGCUAUUGAUCAGUGACUCAUUGAGAUACGGUAAAAGAUGCACGUGCACAGAAAAUUCAUGCAACGGCUUUAAAUCAUGUUAAUGGAAGACUGUGGCCACCAUCCCCGGCCCUCUUUAAUUGCCAUUGUGUAGUGACUGGUUUAGUCGGAAUACUCGAUCAGCGGUUGUGCACUAGAUUCGUAGAUUUGAUUGUGUGUAGUGUGUAUGUGAGGCGGGGGAGCCCGUUUGUACUGUAACUACUUCGCGUGUAGUCAAACGUGUGAUAGCUGAUGACAUGACACUCGCAAGGUUCCGUUGAUUAUAUAUAUAUCCCACACAAAGGUCUAUCGGUUUUAGUUAUAGACGAAAAUCGUUUUACUAAUUUUUUUUUAGAAUUUAAUUUCCGAUGACGCGCGAGAGAAAUGAUGUAUAUUGUCAGUAUAAAAACUAACCACUUUGAUAGCGUUUAUCACGAAAAUAUUCUGUUUCUGAAAAUAUAUUUUCCAGAUUUUAGCAGUUAGAGAUUGUUAAGGUGAGCGGUUGUGAAUAUACAUUCUUGUUUUAUAUAACAAUCUGGAGAUUUUAAAUGAUUAUAAUUACUGUCACAAUAAAGAAAUAUAAUACACUGAUUA